UGGAUGUUAAGUUCCCUGUUCCGCCUUCCGUUUUGAGCCGAACGUAUUUACCUUGGGGACCCUGUCAAAUGAUUUCAUGGUGGUAAACGCUUCCGGUAGGAAGUGAACCUCACCCAUCUUUGCUUGUGAAUGACAGCGUUUUAGACCACCCCCAUUUGACGUCUUCGCAGCUCCUCUGUCGUCUGCCCAAGGCUUCAGGCGGGAUUUCAUCCAUGAAGGGAGGAUGACGAUGACUGUUGGGUCCUGGUCCUUGUCCACACGCCCAGAUGUUUGGAUGCAGCUAGUGUGAGCUGUGAAUGCGAGAUGGAGUGCCUGAGGCAUCUGGACGUGGUGGGCGACAUCAGCCCGGCUCUGGAGGCCACCGAGGACUUGGCCACCCUCGGUGCUCCUGAUCCAGCCGAUAAGCAACCUAAGAAGGUCCAGGAGGUCUCGCCGAGCGCCACGCUGGCCAGGCUGAGCUCCAGCGGCGUGUGGAACCUCCUGGUGGGACAGCAGCCUGAGGUGGGCCCGCCUGGGCUGGCUUGGGCCGACGGCCUGAGUGUAGUCGGUCUAAGGCCCGGCAAGAGGAACCGCGCCCGAUCCACCAAUGACCUCCUGGCGCAGGGCAAGGAGGGCACCAACCUGGCCACAGGCACUGCCAACGAUGUUUUCAAGAAGGGGCACAACAGGUCCAGGUCCGACGUCAACUACCGGACGGCUGCCUACACUGAUAACGGGCUCCCUACUGAGGACACUCUGAAGAAUGCCGUCGUCUCCCACCAUAUGGAAGGUGAAAAGGGGAGCAGCAAUAGCUGCAUGGUGUUGAAACAGGCUGAGAUGGAAUAUCGUGAGGGCCUCCGGGGUCGCUGGAGCGAGUGUCACGUGGAGCUGACACCCUGUGAACUGCGCCUCUACACGUUGGAUAGCAGCGCCAACCGCCAGUUGGGCACCGCCUACUCGCUCUCACACUGCCAGGGUGUGGUGGCACCCACACCCUGUCAGCCCGCUGACACGCGCACUCUCCAGGCCAUCUUUUUCAACAGUACACGGGUGCAGCUGAGGGCCACUACACAGUGGGAGGCAGCCGAAUGGCGGGAUUUCAUGUGGGAGAAGGUCCUGGCUGUGAGGCCUGCCAGGCAGAGGAAGGUGGUAGUAGAGAAGGUUGUCACCUUUCCCGACGCAGCCACCUCUGAUGUCAUCCCCCCGCUGAGCCGUCCCACGACUCUGCCGCUGUUCAACCAGCGAUGUGAGGACGUCCUUAAAGCGGGACUCCUGUACCAACUUUUGGAGCAAAACAACUGGUGCACCUUCACCUUUGUCUUGAACAGGACCACAUUGCAGGCGUUCCCCACCGAGGGGCGUGGUCCAGUGUCGCGCCCCGUUCGCCAGUACCUGCUGGACUCCUGCCUGGAUGUGCACCUGGACCUUGAGGUCCUGGACCAUGGGGAGCGCUUCCAGGUGGUGUUCACCGAUGAAGUCAUCCGACUCAAAGCUGAUACCGCCGCCAAAGCCCGUGAGUGGAUAGAGGCUGUAAGAGAGGCGGUCGGCACCCGGAGGCCGGCCCGGGAGGAGUGUGCCGCCCUGCUUCCACAGGGGGUGCUCUUGAGGUCCAGGAGGCAGAAGGAGCAGAGGGCCAAGAGGCAGUCGGUCACGACGAGCUUCCUCAGCCUCCUAACCUGUGUCGCCCUGGAGAAAGGACUCACGGUUCAGGGCUUCUUGUGUGCAGGCUGUCAGCGUCCAGUGGGCGCCUCCAGAGGCAAAGCCAAAGUGUGCCACUACAGCGGCUGGUAUUAUUGUCAAAGCUGCCACCAGGACAAUACCUUUGUCAUACCCGCUCGGCUGCUCCACAACUGGGACACCAGCAAGCACAAGGUGUCCAAGCAGGCCAAGGAGUUCCUAGAGUUCGUUUAUGAAGAGCCUUUACUGGACGUGCAGCAGCUCAAUGGGGGUCUGUACGAGCACUGCGAGCCCCUCAGCACUGUGCUGCGUCUCCGCCAGCAGCUGCAGUCGCUGCGUGCCUACCUCUUUAGCUGCCGUGCCGCCAUCGCUGAGGACCUGCGCCGAAGAAUUUUUCCUCGAGAGUAUUUACUGCAGCACAUUCACCUCUACUCCAUUGCUGACCUACAACAGGUGAUUGACGGCCAGCUGGCACCCUUCCUCUCAAAGGUCAUCAAGUUCGCCAGCGCUCACGUUCUGGCGUGCACAUUGUGCCGCCAGAAGGGCUUCAUCUGCGAGCUCUGUCACAGCCAAAGCCUCAUCUACCCUUUCCAGGACAGUGCCACCGCCAGGUGUUCAGGCUGCGGUGCCGUCUUCCAUGCCGAGUGUCGCCAGAAGUGUCAGCCAUGCCCCCGCUGUGUCCGACGCGAGCUCCACCACGCCAAACGUCCAUCGUCCUUCUCCUCCCCCGACGACGACCGUCACCUGCCCUACCACCACGCUUGAGACGUACCGCAACGUGGCGUCGGUGUUUCAUGAGGACUUACUUUUACAGCAUCACAAAAUGUAAGCAGCUCCGCAGUCGUGACUACAAAAUACCUGCCAAUGUUUGAACAUGUCAUAGAUCAGCCUCAAAUUUCUCACCAAACCUCAUCCCCAUGAAGUGUUUUCUCACUCGUGGAGUGCUCAGUGCUGUUACAGCACAUUGUUUAUCUUGGCUUUAUUGCUGCAACGGCACCCCUCCUGCCAUUGCAACUGUGUUCAAAACAUAAAAACAAAAUGACAAUUACUGUUUGCCACUUUGCAAACAGGCUACAACUUGUAAUGUUAACGAAAAAAUUAUGAGUUAGCAUGAUGUUUGUAACAUAAAACCUAGAUGACAACUAGUGUGUGUAAUCUCUUAGCUAGUUAGCAUUUUUUAUUUUGGACAUAUCAGUAAAUUGUUAAAUAUUGCGACAAAAUAUGGCUUGGAAUAUUGAGCAAUAAAAGAAUGAGAUGGCUCAACAAUUGAUCAUAAUGUGAAACCAAAACAUGUGUGUAACCUAUUAGCUCAUAUUUCUUAUUUUGAAAAUAGUGAAUAUGUUUAAACGUAAAUGACGCUGGACAAUCUAAGACUUGUAAUGUUGACAAAAAAAUGAUGCACUAGCGUGACAUUUUUUUCUGAGCAUUAAAUCACAAGCGGCAUGUGUAAGCUAUUAGCUAGUUUUCAUUUUGGACGUAACAAAAGUGUUCAGCCGUAGAUUAUUUCAUAAAUUAGGAUUAGAAUAUUAACAAACAAAAGAUGAAUUUUCUUAGUGUAACAUAAAAACAAAAUGUCAACUAGCAUGUGCAAGUUAUUAAUGAGCUUUUUUACAUUUUUAACAUAGCAUAAAUCUUUAAACAUAAAGGACCCUGGACAAUCAACGGCUUGUAACGUUUAAUGAACAAAAUGAUGAGGUGGCUCAAUAUUUGUAACAAAAACAAAACGACAGCUAUCUUGUGUAAGGUUUUCGGUAAUUCGCCUUUUUAUUUUGUUGUCAACUUUAAAUUGUUCAGCCUCGGCAAGCCUCAGACUUUGGUGAGAUAUGAAGAAAACAUUUGAGGUGGUGCAAUGUUUAUUUGUAACAUAAAAACAAAACCACUGAUGUGUAUUAGCUGAUAGCUAGUUAGCAUUAUCCGUAAAGGACCCUGGACAAUCUACAACUUGUAAUGUUAAUGAAUAAAAGGAUGAGCUAGCUCGGUGGUUGUUUGUAACAAAACUACAGCUAACGUAAGAUUUUAGCUCAUUUGUUUUUUUUCAUUUUGUAUGUAGCAAAUUGUUCUGCGUGCACAACUAUUGCCUCAAACUUUUGUGAAAUAUGAACAAAAACAUAAACUGGCACAAUGUUUGUACAAAAACAAAACGACAACUAGUGUCUUUUAAAUUUUAGCUUCUUCUUCUUUUCCUUUCGGCUUGUCCCGUUAGGGGUCGCCACAGCGUGUCAUCUUUUGCCAUCUUAGCCUAUCUCCUGCAUCUUCCUCUCUAACCCCAACUGCCCUCGUGUCUUCCCUCACCACAUCCAUAAACCUUCUCUUUGGACUUCCUCUCGGCCUUUUGCCUGGCAGCUCCAUCCUCAGCACUCUUGUACCAAUAUACUCACUCUCUUGCCUCUGAACAUGUCCAAACCAUCGAAGUCUGCUCUCUCGAACCUCGUCAGCAAAACAUCCAACUUUGGCUGUCCCUCUAAUGAGCUCAUUUCUAAUCCAAUCCAACCUGGUCACUCCGAGCGAGAACCUCAACAUCUUCAUUUCUGCCACCUCCAGUUCUGCUUCCUGUUGUUUCUUCAGUGCCACCGUCUCUAAUCCGUACAUCAUGGCCGGCCUCACCGCUGUUUUGUAAACUUUGCCCUUCAUCCUAGCAGAGACUGUUCUGUCACAUAACACACCAGACACCUUCCGCCAGCUGUUCCAACCUGCUUGGACCAGUUUCUUCACUUUCUCACCACACUCACCAUUGCUCUGGAUUGUUGACUCUAAAUAUUUGAAGUCCUCCACCCUCGCUAUCUCUUCUCCCUGUAGCCUCACUCUUCCCUCUCCACUUUUCUCAUUCAUGCACAUAUAUUCUGUUUUACUUCGGCUAAUCUUCAUUCCUCUCCUUUCCAGUGCAUGUCUCUAUCUUUCUAAUUGUUCCUCUGCAUGCUCCCUGUUUUCACUGCAUAUCACAAUAUCAUCAGCGAACAUCAUGGUCCAAGGGGAUUCCAGUCUAACCUCAUCUGUCAGCCUAUCCAUUACCACCGCAAACAGGAAGGGGCUCAGAGCUGAUCCCUGAUGCAGUCCCACCUCGACCUUAAAUUCCUC